CCCCCGCCGAGCGCCAUGAAGCGGCUGUGCAGAGACAGCGAGCCGGAGACCGGUCCUCCAGGGCACACGAAGGCGUCCUCGACCCCUCAGGUGAUGGCGAGGAAGAGGCGCCGCGGGGUCAUCGAGAAGAGGCGCAGAGACCGGAUCAACAGCAGCCUGCUGGAGCUCCGUGGGCUCGUCCCCCCGGUCCUCCACCAGCAGGGUUCGGCUAAACUGGAGAAGGCCGAGAUCCUGCAGAUGACUGUGGACCAUCUGAAGGUGCUGCAGGCCACCGGAGGGAAAGGUCCCGUGGACGCCCUGGACUUCCUGUGUGUGGGUUUCAGGGAGUGCGUGAUGGAGGUCUGCCGCUACCUGAGCGCCGUGGAGGGCGUGGCCUCCAGCGACCCCCUGCGCUGCCGCCUCCUCGCCCAUCUCGCCCACUGCUCCUCGCACCUUCACCACCGGCACCAUCAGCUGCAGCCCCCCCCCCUGCCCCACGCCUUCCACCCCUGGGGGCUUCGCCCUCUGCCGCCCCGCAGGCCGAGCGCUUCGUCCAUGUCCCCCGACUCCGGUGAAGCCCCCCAGAGGCCGGGGGAGUUGGCCUCCGCCUUCUCCACCCGAGCAGACUCCACCUCCUCGCCCCCCCCCUCCCUCAUGCUGCCAUGCGCCCCCCCUCUCCCGGCCUCCCUCCUCUCGGCGCCGAUUCCCGUUAACCUCCACUGGGGUCACCCCAUCAUCCCUCCCUGCUCCUUCACCUCCACCAGCAGUCAUCCCUGCUCCUCCACCCCCCCACACCACCCCCCCUCAGCAGCACACCUCACAGGCCGUGGGGGGCCGAGGUCUCUGGAGUGUUGUAACGCUGCAAACACGGCUUCCUGAAACGGACUGUGAGGGAGAAACUGAAAGAGUAUUUAACGUUUCAUCUUCUGUCUUCAUCUCUUCUUCAUUAAAGUAGUUCCAAAGUGAGCAAGUGAGUCCUCCGUAGGAACCCAUGGGACAGGAAGUGGGACCGUGUUGAGGACCGGAAGGACCUCCUUUCUACCCGGUUCUACCCGGUUCUACCUGGUUCUACCCGGUUCUACCCGGUUCUACCUGGUUCUACCUGGCUAAAGCGUGUUGGGACUCUGACCUGAAUGAAUAUCUUCCCGUGUGUUGUUUACGUGUAAAACGGUCACUGUGUGUUUUUCACAAAUAAAGACAUGUUAACAAUA